AUGGUGAGACAAACAAAUGCAGCGGAAAAAACAAUAACAGUCAGGAGGAGAAAAAGGAUCGCUGAAAGAAGAAGAAGUGAAAUCGUUGAAUCCUCAAGGAUGGGAGAAAUAAACAAUAAAGGAAAUCAAGUUCAAACUCAGAUCCAACAAGAACCAAUGGAGAACAAUACCAUAGACUACGAUAGAGUGAGUGUUCAUACCGCAAAUACAGAUUCAACAGAAGAGGAAGACGAAAGAACCAGAGUUCCGGGAUCAAUAGAAGGGAAUGAAGAAAACAUGACAACCGAGGAACUCCGACAGAGGUUGAUUGCAGAAAGAAGGAGGGAAGAUGAAGAACAUGCGAAUUUGAUGCGUCAGAAUCAUGAGUUGAGAGAGGAGAAUAUAAGAUUACAAGAGCGGAGAUCAAGAAGUACCAUGCAACAGCAACAACAAAAACACAGCACAGCUCCAGCAACAGAAGCAGCACUAGCAGCAGUUCAGUUCAGCAGCAGAGCAACAGGAACAACUUCAGCAACAGCAGCCCAGCAGCUCCAGCAAGGGCAGCUGCAACAACAGCAGGGGAAACAGCUUCAGCAACAGCAGCUGCACCAGGGUCAGGCAGCUUCUCCUAGCACCAGCUCCAACAGCACCUGCAAGCAAGAGAAACAACACCAGUUCAGUGCAGCAACAAUGCCUAACAGUAACAGCCCAACAGGAGUUUCAGCAAGCAGCAAGGCAGUGCACCUGUUGGUUUCAGAAGAGAAGAAUCAACAAGCAAGAGCAAAAGCAAAGAAAGAAAAAAUAGAUGACAAUUUACAAGAUCAACGCGAUAAAGAACGCAUAGAGCAACAACCAGCUGAUGACAAAUACAUACAUCAACGCGAACAUUAUCGCAUUCAAGAAGGUCAAAGAGGCAAUAGAUCUGAACAGGCAAACGAACAUCAUCACACACAUCAUGAUUAUGAUAGUGAAGAAAAUGAAGAACAAGGAAGAAUUAUAUUCCAAGGUAGAGAAAUGCUGAGAAAUCAAUACGACCGCGAAGAGGAAGCUGAAAGGCAUAAUGUCGCGCAGAUAUAUGCAAGAGACGAAGAGAAAGACGCAAAAGAAGGAGAGAGGAGGUUGAAGAGAGAGAGAUACAAGAGGUUGUGCGUCAAAACAGGGAUGAUACAGAGUAAGACAGACAAGGUUGAAAAGACCAAUGCAGCAAGAUGCAGACCAAAUCAUGAAUAG